AUGCCUCCCAAAAAGUCAUCCAAGUUUCAUUUAAAGUGGCGACCACAUUUUCGUAUCAUUGAACAAACAUCACCAGUAAAUUUUAGAAUUCGCAAUCAACUCACUGGAAAAACUCGUUUUGUUCAUGGGGAAAAUCUGCGAGCUGCCUUUCCCGACUCAUGGAAUGAAGACCGCCCUAUAUCAAAGUUGCCUAAGCCCAAGGUCAUUGAAACAACUGGAACACGACAACAACCGCUACGUUAUGCCAAGUUGUUGUCGCGGUUUCCAAUGAGGUAUAUGGAUUCCCGAAAAUCCGAGGAUAAUGAAAAGGAUUUAUUCCCAAAGUAUCAUGUUGAUGGCGAUGUUAAUUACAAGUUCACGUUCAUAGACGUCUGGUGUAAUGGUAGAAUCGCUGAUGGAGGAGUAUUUGCUAAUUGUGCGUUGUCAGCUGCUAUGGAGGGAGAUAAACUUGCUGUGCCUCCUGCCCGGAUUUUUAAGGGUCGCGAAAAGGAAGUUCCUUAUGUGGUGCUUGCCGAUGAUGCCUUUCCCUUGCGCAAAAUAUAA